GUGUGUGUGGCGCUAGGGAGCUCGCCGUCGUAAUUAUAAAAAAUUCGAAGGCUUCUUUCGACAUCCAUCCAGUCAAAAUAUGGACUAUUUCCAAGGAAAGCCAUGUCUGGUGGAGAAUUUCGAAGAGGAGUUUGGAGCCCUGGCAGGUCGGGCGUACCUGGACCACGCGGGCGCCACGCUGUACAGUCGCUCCCAGCUGGCGACGGUGCACGCCGCCCUGGGCCGACACCUAUACGGCAACCCGCACACACGCAGCCUGGCCAGCCGCCACAGCACCGACGCCGUCGACCAGGCGCGCUUCAGGCUGCUGCAGCACUUCAACACCAGUGGCGAUGACUAUGCCGUGGUGUUCACCUCUGGCGCCACGGCGGCGCUGGCGCUGCUCGCCGACGCCUUCCAGUUCGGCGGCGACGCCGCUGCGCCUGGCUCGUUCGUCUACCUGCAGGAGAGCCACACGUCGGUGUUGGGCGUGCGCGGACGCCUGGCCGGCCGGCCGGUGACCGUCUCCGCGCUGGCGCCGGCCGCCGCCGCCGCCGCCUUCUCCGCCGCCGCCGCCGACCAGCAGAGCGACGACACGCGUCGCGGGCUGUUUGCCUUUCCGGCGCUGUGUAACUUCUCCGGCCGCAAGUACCCGCUGGAGUGGGUGACGCAGGCACGGCGCGGCGCGCUCGAUGGCCUGACCGCUGGCCGCCGGCUGCGCGGACGCGGUCACGUGGCCGGCUGCCGCUGGUACUGCCUGCUGGACGCCGCCGGUCACGUGGGCACUAACGACCUUGACCUGAGCCGGGCGCAGCCUGACUUCGUGUGCCUGUCGUUCUACAAAAUGUUCGGCUAUCCGACCGGGCUGGGGGCGCUGUUGGUGCACCGGCGGGCGCAGCACACGCUGCAGAAGGCGUACUUUGGCGGCGGAACCGUCCAGGUCUCGCUGGCCGGCGAAGACUUCCACGUGGCGCGGUCCGAGCUUCACGAAAGGCUGGAGGACGGCACGCUGCCCUUUCUGGCGAUCGCCGCCGUCACCCACGGCCUGGACACCGUCCGACGGCUGGCCGGUCCCAUGAAGGCUGUGAGUGCUCAUGUGUUCGGACUGGCCCAGUACACCUACCGCCAUCUCUCGGCACUGAGGCACAGCAACGGUUCUCCGGUCGUCCGCAUUUACUCCGAUACCGAGUACGAUGACAUUGAGACGCAGGGAGGGAUCAUCAGCUUUAACCUGCUCCGGCCAGACGGUGCUUUCUUCGGCUCCACGGAGGUGGAGAAGUUUGCCGGCGUGUACGACAUCGACCUGCGCACCGGCUGCUUCUGUAACCCCGGCGCCUGUCAGCGUUUUCUGGGCCUCAGCACGGAAACUGUCAAAGAGCACUUCCAGGCGGGCCACGUGUGCGGGGACGAGACGGACCUGAUCGACGGCCGGCCGACGGGCGCCGUGCGCGCCAGCUUUGGCUACAUGUCCCGCCGCGCCGACGCCGACCGGCUGCUGCUCAUGAGGGCCGCUUCCUCGGCCGCCGGCGCCGCCGGUGGUGGUGGCGGUCAGCAAGUGGAGCCUUCGGGCGGCCGCCUGGUGGCGCCGGCCUCUGGCGUACGGGACCAGGGGGCGCCACUCGCCAUGCAGAACGGCCCGUCGGCCCGACCAGCGGCGGCCGAGGUCGGCCCGCGGCUGACCGAGGUGGUCGUGUUCCCGGUCAAGUCGUGUGCGGGCUUCUCGGUGCCCUGGUGGCCGCUGGGGCCCCGCGGCCUGCUCUACGACCGCCACUGGAUGGUGGUGGCCGCCGGUGGUUCGGCUCUGACGCAAAAGCGCCAGCCGAGCCUCUGCCGCGUGCGACCAGAGGUCAGCCUGCACACGGGCCGGCUGCUGCUGCAUGCCGACGGCUUCGGUAGCGUGGCCGUGCCUCUGGCGCCCGACCCCGCCCUCUCCGUGACGUCACUGACGCUCUGCGAAUCACGCGUCUGCGGCGACCGCGUGGGCGGGCUCGACUGCGGCGACGCGGCCGCUGAUUGGCUGAGCCAGGUGCUCGACCUGGAGGGUGUGCGGCUGGUCCGCCAGAACCCCGCCUCGGCGCGCAGCUCCAAGGUCAACGGAUCGUCCGGCCUCCUCUCGCUCUCGAACGAGUCGCCGUACGUGCUGGUCAGCCGGUCCAGCGUGGCGGCGCUGCGGUCCGCCAUGCAGGAGCGCGGCGUCGACGACGGCGUCUCGGAGGCGGAGCUGACUGACCGAUUUCGGGCCAACCUGGUGGUGGCCGGCCUGCCGCCUUACGAGGAGGAGCGGAUGGAGCUCGUCACCUUGGGCGACACCACACUCAGGAUGCUGGGUGACUGCAGUCGCUGCCAGAUGAUCUGCGUCGACCAGGCGACCGGCGAGCGGUCGCGCGAGCCGCUGCUGACGCUGAGCGCGGCGCGCGGCCGCCGCAUGCCGUUUGGCGUGCACCUCGUGAUCGGUUUCGAAAUGGUGGACAGCUCCUAG